CUAGAAAAAACAAACAUGAGGCAUGUGAAUGUAUAUUGACCAAAAUACCCUUCUCUCGCCCUUCAGUCUUUCACGUUUCCCUUUCUACUUGCCUUGCUUCCCUUCUCUCUAUCUUCUCUUGCAAUGCAAGUGCCAUAUCAGAGUUCCCAAGAAACUUCUAAUACUUUCUUUUCAUUUUAUUUAUAUUUCCAAAAAUCAUUCUUUUUAAACUCUUGAAUCCCCCCCCCCCAAAAAAAAAAAACUUUAUCACCGCUUUCUUUGUUAGGUCCUUUUGUUUUUUUGGGGUAUUUUUGUCUGUAAAGCUUGUAUCUUUUAAAGAAAAGUGAAAAUGGGUAUGGGAACAAGCAAUUUUGUGAUCAGAUGGAUCAACUUCCUUACUAUGGUUAUUAUAUGUUUGUUGUGUAUGCUUUUCAAUGGGCAGCUUUUAGCUAUUGCUGUUGCAAUUUUUGGGGUAUGGAUGAGCACUCACCAUGAUGGAUGUCGAAAAUCCCUUACUCUUCCAGUUCUAGGCCUUGGUGGUUUCAUUUUUUUAGUAUCCAUGAUCGGGUUUCUGGGGGCGCUGAAGAAGAACGCCAUACUAUUGUGGAUUUAUUUGAUAUUGUUAUGCAUGAUUCUGGUGGCGAUCCUGGUAUUCACGGUGUUGGCGUUCAUUAUAACAAAUAAUGGAUCUGGUCAUAAUGUGUCUGGCUUGAGAUACAAGGAAUAUCAGCUUAAAGACUAUAGUUCAUGGUUUCUAAAGCAGCUGAAUAAUACCGAUAAUUGGAAGAGACUGAAGAGUUGUCUUGUGAAAUCUGAGGAUUGCAACAACAUAGCGAAACAAUACAAGACUCUUAAGCAGUAUAAGAUGGCAAAACUGACGCCUAUUGAAGCUGGUUGCUGUCGACCACCAUCCGAAUGUGGUUAUCCCGUUGUCAAUGCUUCAUACUAUGACUUGAGCUUUCAUCCAGUUAGUUCUAAUGAGGACUGCAAGCUUUACAAAAACUCUCGGGUUGUGAAAUGCUAUAAUUGCGAUUCUUGCAAGGCAGGAGUUGCACAAUACAUGAAAACUGAGUGGAGAGUCGUCGCAAUCUUUAAUUUGGCACUAUUUGUUGUCUUGUCGAUUAUAUACUUUGUGGGAUGUUGUGCAAGACGAAAUGCCGGCCGGACAAGGCAGUCUAAAGUUUGAAAAAGUGAUGAAUCGUGGUCAAAUUCACUCCAGUAUUGAUUCUUGAUUGAAGGAAAGAGAUGUCUGAUUUCAAGGGAUUUGGAAGUUCAUCAAAGCUUGGGCUUGUGGGCUCAUAACAGAUCUGAAGUGGCAUGAGCCUACAGUGGGGUAAAAAUUAAUUAAGACUUAAAUUAGAUGAAUUGGGGGAAUCAUUGUUUUCAGAUUUUAUAUUUAAUUUAAUCUUUUUUAUGGUUCAGUUCAGAAUGUAAAAAUUAAUUAAAACAUUGUACUCAACGUGACACUUUGGCCAUUCUUAUUUCAAAAGAAAAUUCAUAUUGCAUAA